AUGAUGUCCACAGCCAUGAUGCAUCAAACGCGAACGCCUGCCGCUGCAGCAGGAGCAAUCACCCGCCAUCCUCCAGCAUGGGAGGACCCAAGUUGCCCUCGCACCAUGACACCACCACGCAUUUCCACGUUAGAUCGUCGGACCAUUCCCGAACGGCCUGAACGCGCGGUGCCUGCUUCUCCCGCCACACCCUCCACUCCAAGUCAAUCUGGACCAUGGUCACCACAAGACGAUGAGAUUCUCAUCUCUGCUCGUGCCCAAGGGCUUGGCUGGAACCGAAUCCAGGAGCAAAGUUUCCCAUUCAAAAGCUCUAACGCGUGUCGGAAGAGGCAUGAGCGGCUCGCAGCGAAACGUCGGGGCUCUGAGUGGGUAGACGAACGAGUCCAGAGAGUGACAAGGCACUACAACCAGCUGAGGCCCGAAAUUUGGCGACCACUAGCAGAAGCCACAGGGGAACAUUGGGAGGAUGUAGAAAAGCUUUGUUUGGAACGUGCCCAGCGAAAUCUUCUGCCCAUGACAAGCCCAAGCUCCUUGAGGAGAGCAACCUCCGAUAACGAGAGUCGAGGGAGUCAUGAUAGUCAUGAUGAAGAGAAGUUAAAGAUCCCCAACCUCAUACGAUGA